AAUCAGCUGAUCGUUCACGUUUUGUUUACGAGCCGUUUGUUUGGUACCGAUGUCAUUCAUAGGUGUGUCAUUCGAGCGUGUUAUGUGCGUUUUACAACACGUACUCCGGUUCAGCGCUGACACGGUCAUCAAUCAUACAGAUCUAACCAUAUCAUAUAGCCAACAAUGAACGGAACGGCCGACUUGGUCAAGUCAAUCGAAACGUUGACUUCAUUUUUACCAAACAAUCCCCUUGGUACACCAUUGGAAUCGAACUGGCGAUACAUGACAGCUACUUAUACGGAAUGGGAGAUUGCAACUUACGGAUCUAUUUUCGUUCACGAAGUUAUAUACUUUAUGUUCUGUCUACCAAGUUUCCUCUUCCAAUUUAUUCCGUCCAUGAAGCGGUUCAAGAUCCAGCAGGAUAAGCCAGAAGAAAGACAGUGGGGAUGUGUGAAACUGCUUCUAUUCAGUCAUUUCUGCAUACAGGCACCAAUGAUUCUCGGAACGUACUAUUUCACGCAAGUGUUUGGAAUAAAGUACGACUACGACUCGAUACCCAGAUGGUAUGUACUGGCGGCACAAGUGAUAGGAUGUGCUAUCAUUGAGGAUACCUGGCACUACUUUCUUCACCGAUUGCUUCACCAUAAGCGUCUUUACAAACAUGUACACAAAGUGCACCAUUCGUAUACGGCACCAUUCGGUCUUGUGGCUGAAUAUGCUCACCCUAUAGAAACUGUAGUUCUAGGAAUGGGGUUCUUCAUUGGCAUUGUGACCUUCUGCAACCACAUGGUGAUGAUGUGGGUGUGGGUCGCUGUGAGACUGCUUGAAACCAUUGACGUACACACGGGGUAUGACAUUCCUUGGCUGAAUCCAAUGCACCUUAUCCCGGGUUAUGCCGGUUCACGUGCUCACGACUUUCACCACCAGAACUUUGUUGGCAACUACUCGUCUACGUUUGUGUAUUGGGACAAGCUAUUUGGCACAGACAAGCAGUACAAAGAUUACUAUGCCCAGCUGAAAAACAAGCAGCAGUAACCAACCACUGCAAGAACUGGGGAAUCACAUCCUGGUGUUAUUCCUUAGCUUCCAGAAUUCACUUGUGUUGUUUAGUUUUUUUCAAGUAAUUUCUCUCUAGCACACGUUAGCUUACUGAAUGAGCUAAAGACUCGGAAAAUUAUUAUAAAGUCAUCAAAAUUAUAUCAAUAUUUCCCUGUAGACACAAUGUUAAGUACGAUUAUGUUGCUGUUAUGAAUGUAUGAAUUCAUAUUCGUAGGUACACCAUUAUUUACAUUAUAUAAUCAAAGUUAUUUGUCUUAUUUAUCAUCAAAUAACUUUAUCUUAUUUUUGGAGUUCAAUGCUGAAGUAAUUGCACUUGGAGGAAUAUUUAUGAGAAUAUUUGUAGUAUAUUUCAUGUCAUUUUAUUAUGCAGGUUAUGGGUUUUGAUGACGGUCAUGAUCGUCCGUCCGUGCGAGCGUCCGUCAACAGUUGGGCACAAAUCUAAACGGCUCGACGUACGGAUUCGAAAGUCGGGGACGCCUGGGGGGGCGGGGAAGUAACAAAACGAGUUGGGAGGUCCAAAGCCU